GAGGAGCUUUGAAAUAUAUUGCCAGUUUGUUGAAUGUACUUAUUAUCAGUUUGUGAUGGCUUCCAAAAACAAAAAGACUCCAAUAUUUUCUAUCGGCCUCAAGGCCGGGAGCGACGUCAGGAAGGCUCUAACGAAAUCCAAAGAUCCCGCCGAGACGAUCGCCAGCUACCAGAAGACUCGCUCUCUCCAUUCCAUGUUUGCCAAGGCCUUCGGAACUACCCCUCAGUACGAAGUAGAUGAACUCAACAACAACAGCAGCAGUGGCAGCAAUGCAGCAAACGUCGAAUCGCUGGACACCGAUUCCGUCUUAAAAUUUCUUGGACACAUGGGAGUUUCACAGUAUCUCGUUCACAAACGCAUCGGCGACGCACUUCAAAAAGAAUUGGAAAACGAACUGCGGAAAGUUACGUCGGAGGGUGCGUUAUUGCAUUUGUUGAAGAACUGCUGGUCGUACGCCGUCUCCAAUGCGGAAUUCCGGCCUAUCUUGUGGGCCGUCCUCAAACAACUGGGUGCCAAAACUCCSCUAGCGGUGCUGAAAGCCCUGGCAGAACGGGAGAAAAAGACCGGAAAAUUGAAGCAUAUUGAAAUAUUUCGUCCUCUUCCACCCCUAUUGAAGCGACUAGUAUGGGAGGCGGAUUGGGCGGACAAGGUUCCUAUUGCGAGAGAGAACAGUGCCGAUGUCAAAUCCAAGAAGUACCUGCAAAUGGUCGAAUCAACUCUGCUUUACGAAACCGUUCAGCCACUCAUUGACACAUAUACCUCCGUACCAUUGCUAGUUGAAACGUCGGGGAAUUUUUUUGUGAAUUCGGUAACCGAGAGACGAGUGCUUACAUCGGCGAGGCGGGCCCUGACCAACUCAGUUUCUGUCACGACGAGUUCGAAUUCACCUAACCGAUCCGGAGGAGCAUCUUCUCUCUUGAACAAAUCAUCUUCCACAACGACAAAUAACAACAGCAAGACCUCCGAAUCGCUAGCACAGGCUGGAAAAUCGGUGUCGCAAAUCCGAAACAUGCUCAGUGACCUGUCCAGGGGUGCUGCUUCCUAUCGACCGAAUCUGUUACACGCAGUCUUGUCUAUUCUGAUGGCGCAACACGGUGCGAGAGCAUCCAUUGCUACCACGGGCACACUGCACGGGCUCUUGGCGGGUUCGGUUCAUUUGCACUGCACUCUGGUCACCGAUAUUUUGUUAUCGACGGGUGGUCCCCUUCCCAAACAAUUUGUUCACGUCCACAGCCUUGCCCGUGUUUUGGAUGAUGCCGUAAAAAACGGAAUAUUGACCGAUAAGGAUUUGAUCAAGGUCCAAGAAGCAUUGCGCUCCAUAUACAAAGCGGAACCUACGAUGGAGAAGGAUGGAGAAAACGAGAAAAAGGUAGGAGCUAGCGGUGGUGGUUCCGAGAAUGCACCUGCCAAGAACAAAAGUGCGCCAAAUAAAUCCCUUAUUCGGCAGCUGAACCAAAUCAUUACAGCCGGACUUACGGAGAUGAAAGAUUCCGACCCGCAAACCCUCUUUUUAAAUCCRGUUACAGAUGCGAUUGCACCGGGCUACAGCGACCUCAUCAAGAAACCAAUGAGCAUUGUCACAAUGGAAAAUAAGAUCGAAAAUAACCAAUACCACGACGUCAAACAAUGGGAGGACGACGUGCGCCUCAUGUUUCGAAAUUGCGUGAAUUAUAAUCGUGGACCCACCGGACAAUGGUUCCGCGGGGAGGCCAAGAGGCAGCUCAAGAUUUUCAACGACGAGAUUCUACCGAAAGCAAAGAACUUGUUCAAAGUCGAGCAACAAAAACGUAAUCCCGACGAAGACCUGGCGGCACUAAAACGCAAACGCGAGGAAGAGGAGGAGAAAAACAGACCAAAGAUCAAGCCCCUGGAAUCGGGGAGAAAGAAACGCAAGAUCAAUCCCCAGGAACAAAAUCUUUCUAUGGUUGCUCUGGCAUCGAUGAUCCUGGCGGAUCCCUUUGUGGUUCGAAUCUUGUUGGAUCGUGUGCUGCGCUCGAUUCGAAUCGACACCGCCAGGGGCUCUGGUAUACCGGCCGAGCACCGAGUCAUUCCAUCUGUCAUGCAACUCUUGUAUUUAGCGCAGUGGUCGCCCCAAUUUUGCGCCUACCGUGGUAGGCAAUUCAUUAUUUUCGACACCGGUUUGGAGCUGCCCAAGACGAUAGAUGCCAUCGAAAGCACUCUUCCUCACACCUCCCUUCGACAAUAUCUACCYAUCAUCGUCCACCUGCUGAGAGAUGCCGACCUCGACAAACGCCUCGCUAUUGGUGGUGAUUUGCACACUGUUGCAAACUCUGCCUUGCCCCGUUCCGAACCGCCUCGGGUACCCACCGGCAACGACAACUCCCCUCUCCCACAAAUUGCAAUGGCGCUCCUGGAAGGAGCAUUUAUCAACGUGUGUUUGCCCGGGAACUCACAAGACGUUUCGCUGUCCAUAAGCUUUGCCAAGUUCUCAAAAACCUUUUGCACACUUGCGCACGGGAGCGUUUGCAACGAGACGGCAUUUUUCAAAAGCCUCGUCCCCGUCAUACUGCGGCACAAAGCGCGGCUGAACAAGGCGGUCCGCGACGUCAUUAUUUCGACGUGGCUGGACUGGCUCAAAACGCCGAACGAGGACGAGUCAUCGGAGGUCGGAUCGAUGGAUUCGGCGGCCCACGAAUAUCUAGYCAUGCUCCUCAACGAAUGGGCGAGCAGUUUCGGGAACAUUCUCAUGCCGAGGGAUUUGCUCCUAAAGGUUGCAACCGAUGUGCUAGAAGUGGUGAACGCAACAGAGGCUGCACCACAUCGCAAAUUGUCAGCGCUUUGGGAGAAGACAGACGGAAACCAGGAAACGAAGUUCGGCCCGAUCAAGGAACAGUACGAGCGCUUGUUGGGCCUCCUACCCGAAACCCACGUCACUCAAUGGAAGGAAUCCGCGGGCAUCAAAACAGUAUCGAACAGCGGCGAUGCGAAAGACAGCCCCAAGGGAGAUCCAAUGGAAAUGUAGGUACAAAACGACGAGUCACUCAUCGUCGUUGUGGUAUAAAAAUCUGCAAAAUCUAUCUGGGGUUGUUUUCAUCCUAGUUCAAAGCUCGAUUCUGAUCAAAUCGCACUAGAUUAAAUUAUAUUAUAAAAG